CUUGUCAUGAAUUAUACGAUUGACGACUUAUAUGGAGAUUCCAGAACCGGGAAGUUGCCGGGGUAUUUGGGUGGCUGGAACUAUGGUCCUAAUUGUCCCGGAUGUACCGUUCAGCCGAAUGGUACUAUGGCAUUCAAUGGGAGUUGGCACGAUGCGACUCGGACCAACGAUCCAUCACCGCGGUCGGUGACAAUGAACUUCACCGGUUCCGCCAUCUAUGUAUUUUGUAUAGUGCCCAAUACCGUAGCGCCUGCGGUCCGUGGUGGACAUAUCACGACCGCAGCCAACAUGACGUUCACCCUCAAUCAGACGGUCGUAGGCACCUAUGUCCACGAGCCCGAUCCCAGCAACAUUUUUCUCUACAACGUGAAUGUGCACAGCAGCGAAGGAUUAACCCCCGGAACACACAGCCUUCUGAUAGAAGCUAACAACGAAUCGUAUAUUGCGUUCGACUAUGCUAUCUAC